CGUAAAGUGAUAGCUUAGAGUGUUUAUAAAUAUAGUAGCUAAGUUUAAAACGGACAACAACAAAGAGUUUUUAAAUGUUUUCUUAAUAUACUUGUUUAAACACUGGUAUAGCCUCAGGCUACAUCAGACAUUUAGAGGUGAAAGGGUCCUAGCUAGCUGACUGUAACCCAACCUCCCACUUGUUCUACCUGCUUCUUCUUUUUCCGGACCAGACAGCGCUGCUCCAGACCAGAUAGCACUGCACACACCCAUCAGCUAUCCUUUCCUGUCUACUUUCUUCACACAACAGCAGUCAAAAUGGCCUCUGGAAUAGCGGUCCACGAUGAUGUCGUUCUCACAUUUGACAAGAUCAGAGUUCGCCUCCAGGGGGCUGACAAGCAGGAGCAGCUGAAGCUGGUGCUCUUCAAGAUCAGCGAUGACGGGAAAUGUAUCGUUGUGGACGAGGACAAGUGCCUGAAGGUCAAGGACCUGAACGGGGAGGAGGACGUAUUCAGGAAGAUCGUCAACAUGAUGCCAACGGAGGACUGCCGUUAUGCCCUGUACGACUGUUCCUGGGAGAGCAAGGACAGCCCCAAGGAGGACCUGGUCUUCAUCAUGUGGGCUCCAGAACACUCAACUAUCAAAAAGAAAAUGAAAUACGCCAGUUCAAAGCAAUACAUUAAAGCAAAGUUCCAAGACCGGCAUCCCAACAGACCGGCAUCCCAACAGACCGGCAUCCCAACAGACCGGCAUCCCAACAGACCGGCAUCCCAACAGACCGGCAUCCCAACAGACCGGCAUCCCAACAGACCGGCAUCCCAACAGACCACUGGAGUGGCCAAUCAGGUUUCAGGGGGACCCCACCCUGGGCCAACCCCUGGAGAUGCCACUGGUCUGAAGUUUGAGUGGCAGGUGAACGACAUGUCAGACGCCAAAGACAGCUCCGUCUUCAUCGAUAAACUGGGAGGGAGAGGAGUCGUUAAAAGACUGGAGGGGAAAGAGGUCUGAGCUCCCGACUCCUGACGCCGCCGUACAACACGGAAUCAAAACCAGACCUGGGUUCAAAUACUAUUCGCAAAUCCUUCAGACACUUUCAGCGUUUGCUUAAGCCUGCCAGGUGGGAUUUAAAAAAAAAUAAAAAUAAACGUUUGGGACUUUUCUAUUACUUCCGUUGCAACAAGUUCAAUCAAGUAUUUGAGUUCGAAUAGUGUUUGAACACAGGUCUGGUCAAAACACCAAUGCAAAAGCAGCCCACUUCCUGUGUGUCUAAUUGAACUGUCCAUCAACAGAGUAUUGUAAUUGAUUUGGUCUUCAUAAAAAAAGAAAUCCCUUGUUCAAUGGCAGAUUGGUAAUAAAAUAGCUACUCAUGUAGUUGAUAAAUACUUUUUCCAGACAUAACUGCUUCAUGAUUUAUACAAAUGAACAUUAAUUUUCUUGUAGCUUGGGAUCUUAGUAUCAUCCUUGAAUGGGAGUUUUGUGUUUGUUGGUAUCCUGUGUCUAUUGACUCUGUUCCAGACCAAUCAUCUGAUGUGAUUUCAAUCAUAUUAUUCAUAUACCUUCCAUGUUUGCUGAUGUUUUUGGUGAAAUUUUGAAAAUUUCACUAAAUAUAUUGUUAAAAAAAGGAAGAUACCUCUGCAGAAUGUUGAUGACAGAAGCUCCACCACUUCAUAAUAAAGAGAAAGUGAAUUUCCUGUA